UACCUGUUGGUUGAGGCCAGUAAAAACAAAAUAAUAAACACGGCGUGCGGUUUUGAGGUUAUUCCUGCAGGAAGAAUUUCAAAGUGUUAUAACUUGUGUUAAAAUCGUAAAAGAAGUUUAUCUGGAACAAUGGGUAAGAAUCAGAAGCACAAGAAGAUGUUGAAGUCGGAGAAGGCUAAGGUGAAGAUGCGCGUCAAGUCAGAGAAGACCAAGUUCCUGCCGAAGGGCUUGAACGUUACCAAGACUGACUUCAAAGUUAAGGCAAUCGUUUUGCCUGAACAGCUUAAAUCUCACGGUGGCUCCGAGCUGCUCAGCAAAAGGAAACUCAAUGUCAAAGAUAUUUUAUCUAGAUUGAAUCAUCACAAUGUCUCUGUGAAGAACGACUGCUGCGAGGAGUUGAAGCAAGUGAUGGUUUACCAUAUCGAAGAGAUUGUGGAUCAAUAUUUAUCACAGAUAUUGCACGGAGUGACUCCUCUGAUUCUUGAUAAAGAGAAGAAAGUUAGGGUGAACGCUAUCAAGAUUUUAGAUACCAUCCUCGAGAAGGCUGAAGGAACGAAAUUCGUACCUUUCUUCCAAAUCCUCGCCUCGUACCUCCGUUGCUCCAUGACCAAUAUCGAUAAAAACAUACAAGAAGAUUCUCUACUCUUUCUGGACAGUUUAUUGAAGUACGUUCCCCAUUUGGUGGCUGAGAACAGGGAGAAGAUUCUCCCCAAUCUGUUCUCACUGAUUUCGAAAUUCCGCAACGAUUCCAAGAACAUGGGCAGAACGCUUACAAUCAAUUUGGGAAGCAAAAUCACUGCAGUCAAGUGGAGGAUCCAAGUGUUGAGUCGCCUGAAUUCGUUUCUUUCUGCAGUGUUGAGCGCAGAAAAGCAGACGAACACUAAGGGAACUUGUCAGGAAAUUGUAAUAAACGCUGGAGAUUCUUCCCGAAUCCCGAUUCACGUUAAUCCGUACAAAAGGAAUUGUUUGGAGUUGAGAUUGGCCGACGAUGAGGGUAGAGGUGACGAAGAAAAGGAGGAUGCAAUCAUGAAGAACAUGAAAGUGUUGAUGGGUUUACUGUACGAGGUUUGGCUCGAAGUCAUUCCGGAUAGAUCAAUGGAAACUGAGAACACACUUUUGACCUCCGACACCGCCGCAGUUCUCGGUUGCAUCUUAAACAUCUUGUACUUGCAAUUGGAUUACUGCAAAAGGAAAUCUCCUGCGGAUUACAAAAAGGAAUUUUGCACCACGGAUUAUCAGAAUUUCAUGAAGAGCGUUUUAUCGCAGUUUCCGUUCAGCCAGCCGAGCGAUGGAAAGAAAAGGAUUUCGAAAGGCUUGGACAGUUCUUCGGUGGAUCCAAAAUGCGUUAAAGAGAAUUUAACAGUUUGCUAUCUCUUCGCUUCACUUAACCACAACUUGUCUCCAGUCCAAGUGACGCACGCACAGAAUCUAUUGAACUACUUCACCACUUGUCUGGUUACAAGAGGUUACAUGCACGACAGCUCUUCGACUUUGUUGGUCGAAUUGGUUAGCACUAUACUUUUAAAGAACGCCAACAGCUGGAGUCGAACUCAGGACAUUGAGGAUGUGCUGAAGAAGACGCUAAACUUCCACGAUUUCCUAGCGCAUAGUCUGAAAGUCAAAGACGAAUUGUUCGAUACGCUUUGCGACGUUACCACGAUUCCUCUCUUGAACAGAACCGAGUGCUACCAAAAGUGGUUGAGCAAUCUCCCUCUGAUUCUAACAACGAGAAAAACGAUAUCGUCGAAGAUGCUGGAUAAACUACUGUUAAUCGCCAAGCAAGGUAACACUCUCUUCUUGAGCGCUCUCGAAGAAAACGUUAAUUCCAUACUGAAAAAUUUCUCCACUAUACAAGUGGAAGGUAAACCAAACAAGAUGCACAUCCUUUAUUUAUUCUAUUACAUCAAAGACUUGAAUCUGGUGGAGAGGGAUCAUCUGAGGAGUUUCAAGAGCGACUGCGAGAUGAUUUACAAACCGACCGUCGAUUACAUCUUAUGUAAGUGAAAGAAGUGGUAAAUUUGUAGAUGUGCUGUAGACGAAAUUUAUUUAUUUAUAUAAAAGAAAAAUAUGAAUAAUCGCAAACAGGGUGUUUAUUGCAUAAUCCAAAAAAAAAAGACGUAUUUUUUGGUACGAGAUGUAAAUGUGUUUCUUUUCUUGUUUUUCCCUUCUGUUCAUCGAUGUGAAUUUAUUUUAUUUAUUGAGCGUUAUUAAGCGGGAGAUGUUUAAUAUAAGCCAAAUAAAGAAAAAUUCUAAUUACAAACAAACCCAAUUAAUAAUUACUUAGGCAACCCAAUUUGC